AUGAUUACUUUACGCAAUGGUCUCAACACAUUAUCAUCAAUAAGUCAGUCUCCUUCGUGUCCAAUAUUGAAAGAGUCGGUAACUGUUGAACCAUUAGCCAUACCAUUGACACGGCUUUCAGAUGAAGAGAUUGAAAUCCAAGAGAUUGUUAAACGUCUGGCAAAUGAAAAGAUCAGACCACUAGUCAAACAAAUGGAUGAAACAUCAAAAUUGGACAAAACUAUUAUCGACUCUCUCUUUGAAAAUGGUCUCAUGUCUGUCAAUAUAGAGAAUCGUUUUGAUGGCACCGGUAGUACAUUCUUCUCAUUGAUGCUCGUUAUCGAGCAGUUGGCAAAAGUAGAUCCAGCGGUCAGUGCUUUUGUCGGUAUUCACAGCACACUCGUUGUCCAAACACUUAACGCAUUUGGUUCUGAAGAGCAAAAGAGUAAAUAUCUGCCACUUCUGGCAAAAGACACCGUCGGAUCAUUUUGUUUAUCCGAACCUAAUGCCGGAUCCGAUGCUUUUUCUAUGAAAACAAUGGCAGUUAAAGAUGGCGACUACUAUGUAAUCAAUGGUAGCAAACAGUGGAUCACUAAUGCAAAAGAGGCCGACGUUUUUGUCGUGUUUGCAAAUGUCAAUCCAGAGGCCGGUUAUAAAGGGAUCACGUGUUUCAUUGUUGAGCGAAACACUCCCGGCCUGACUGUGGCCAAAGCCGAGGACAAACUGGGCAUUCGCUGUUCUAGUACCUGUCCAGUCAUAUUUGACUCCGUUCGGGUACCGACCAGUGCGGUGGUCGGUCACAUUGGCCAGGGAUACAAGUAUGCCAUGCAUACAAUGAAUAUCGGCCGAAUCGGUAUCGGAGCCCAAAUGCUUGGUUUGGCUGAGGGAUGCUUUGAGGAGGCCGUCAAAUAUACGUUUGACCGAAAACAGUUCGGUCGUCGAAUAUUCGACUUUCAGGCAAUGCAGCAUCAGAUCAGCCAAAUUGCUACCCGUAUUGAAUCGGCCAAACUUUUGGUCUACAACGCGGCUCGGCUUCGCGACGCUGGCCUACCGUUUACUAAAGAGGCUGCAAUGGCCAAGUAUUAUGCAGCCGAAGUGGCCACUCAUACGACCAGCAAAGCGGUCGAGUGGUUGGGCGGUGUAGGCUUUACACGCGACUUCCCAAUUGAGAAGUACUAUCGGGACUGUAAGAUAGGGGCCAUAUAUGAGGGCACGUCUAACAUACAGCUCAACACAAUUGCUAAACUUAUUGAUCGGGAAUUUAAUUGA